AUGGCUUCCUCUUCUUCUCCUCCAAAGCAUCUUAAUUUAAAUGUUGCUCCUAAAACAACCUGUGAUGCCAAAGUCUGGCGUCCAUCCUUUGUGUCCCAAAAUCGUCAUCUCACGGUUAAUGAUUCGGUGAUGAUGAAUGAUACAACUACUGUCAUAGUAGCUAGGAAUUUCCUUACUCAUAUGGAUGAAAUAUUGUUAACAAGAAGGUCUGACGAAGAGGCUAUUGAUGACUCAAAGGCUUUUAGCAUUUAG